GUAACAAAAUAUCUUCCAUUGCAUAAACACCUAUAUACCGUGGUUUAAGGUAUGACUAUGAGAUACUUACGUUCUCACACGAAGCCGAUGUUUAUGGCAUUGAGAUUUUUUAAACGGUUAGAUCUCAUUUGUCAAUUCAAUUUAUAUUCAACUGGUUUAUAAAUGUUGCUUCAUGGAUUGUUAAAAUGAUAGAGUGAUGUAAAUUUGAAUUCAAUAAUCAAAAUAUGUAAACAAGAUGGCAGCUAAAAAAGAAUCUUUUUCUGCUCGUGAAAUGGAAUUUAAAUGGUCAAAGGAAACAUGCAGGUUGGACGAACUAGAAUCUAAAUUUAAACUGCCUUGUGUUGUGAAGAUAAAUGAAGGCUAUUAUACUGCCUCGGAAACAAAUGGAUUUUCGCAGGGGGAUAUAAUUGGGAUAGACCAAAAAAUGAUUCAACACAACAUUUCAGCUUACGUUGUCCAAAAGAACGAUGCGGAUGAGCUUGCAAUUAGUAACAAAGAGAUUCAAGUGCCAUUGAAUUAUAAUAGAAAAGUGAAAAUUGUACAGAGAUCGAAAACUUACUAUUCAGUGCAAGACCUGAUUCUUGACUUUCCGAGGUACGCCGAAGCUGGGCAAGACUUUGCGGUUAUAGAUGAUGACAAUGAUACAUUGGUUGUACAUGCUGGGGAAAGAAUUGAAUUGGAGAGACUCAUACCAGGAUCAAACAACGAACCUGACUCGUUGGUUAUACAGUUUGUACAUGAAGGCGAUCCAAUUGAAGCUAAAUUAUGUACCACGACAAAAGGUGUGUUUAAAACUCUACCAGACGACAACGAAUAUACAUUGACAGACGUUGUUGAAAGGUUGAAACUUCCUCAAAUCGUCGCUUUUGUUGACGAUUACAUUCAUAAGGUGUGCACGCAAGACUUGGUUGAAGGCAUAGCAAACAUGGUUUCAAUAUCAGGAAGAGUACAACUUAACAGACUCGUCACACAAACGGUUUUUGUUGGACAUCUAAAAUCAAUCCGUCAACCAGGAAAUGAUACAGCUCGCUUUCAAAAGAGAACCCUUAUUGUUCUUCCCCUCGACCAUCCCGGAAUACGUGCAGUUACCGUCAGCGUAUCCCAGAAUUACGAUGAUUACGACAGAAUAUACGAAAGCGUUUUUCUCGUUAAAAACACAUCAGACGAUAUGCAAAUUAUUGACACCUUGUACGUGGAGUUCAAACGAGAAUUUCCAAACCAAAGAAAAGCUACCUCCGAAAACAAAAUUGAAGACAAAAAAAGAAAGCCGAAGGUGGCGCCAAAACCAACCACCCGUUCUCAAAAACCGCCUCCGAUUGCUAAACGCCCCAUCCCUGUUCUUCCUAAGGAUACAGAAACUGCUCAAGAGAUUCAUGGUGACGCUUUGUCUAAAACUCCUGACAUGCCGCCACCACGACCGCCUCCAGUUGAGUGGGACAAAGUCGACGAUAACUACUAUUUAAUGGCACAACCGCCUCCGAUUGUUAGGAGAGAACAAAAGACAUCCUCAAGUUCAAAUGAAGACUAUGAAGAAUACGACGAAUUUGUUCAAUCAUUAGAAAUCCCAGAAGCAAACGCAAACACAAAAAAUGAUAAAGAAAUCCCAGAAGCAAACGCAAACACAAAAAAUGAUAAAGAUGCACACACCUCACCAAAUGCAGAAACAAGAAAGGUAGUUUACAGAAAAAAGAAUCCAACAGAAGACUCAAAAGGGGAUGUCGUCGUGAAAGAAAAGACGCACUCGUUUACUAAAUCCUUGUCAAAGUUAAAAGAUUCUGAGAAUAACUCACUGCUCAAAUUCUUUCGAAAAGGAUUAACGAAAGCCAAAGCUGCCACUGUGUCUAAAACGACAGGGCUACCGUUAAAAAGACAAAUGUCAGAAGACACCGCCUUUAAAGAAGAGGCAUUAAAUGAUAGAGGUGGAACUCGUUCCUCAGCGGCAAUGCUAAGAAGAUCUAGCUUCUCAGAUGUUGAAGGUAUAAGUGAUGUCGUUUAUGAUGACAUCGACGAGCGUAACAUGUUGUCGGAUGAAAGUAUCAAAAAAGCUUCAAGAAAUCGCAAGAGCACGGGGCGCGGACUUGAAAAACAAUUUAACGAUUUGAGAUGCGACGAACUUGUCAAUGAACUCAACAGAGUUAAACUGUUUGAUUUGGCAGAACUUUGUAAAAAGGAACAGCUUGACGGGAAAUUCUUUGAUAUGGUGUCUGAUGAAGAACUGAAAAAAGCGUUUGGUUUGAAGAACGCGGAUGAAUUUCAAAGAUUUAAGAAGUUAAAAUCUGAUCGAUGAAUCAGCUGAUCAUUUUGAAAUUUUAAACAUGGAUGAGCUGUUGUUCGUUCUUUGUGUGACAAUGAAAGAAAAAUGAGAUUGAUUCUGAUGUAUGCUUUAAACAAUCAUUAAACAGUGUACACAUGUAAAUGUACAUCAAUAAUUCCAGUAACAAUUUACGAAUAUUUUCAAAUUGGUGCAUCAUCAUUGAUUUUUUUGGAAUAUUUUUACCGCCAGUGCCUUGCAAAUUGGGAAAAAAAACAGGCAAAAUAGCUAAUUUAAUGGCAAAUAUACAUUUUUUAACUUUUUUUAUGCAUACAUUUUGCAUUGAAAGAGUAAGUAUUGUCAAGAUUUUGUUUAUAUUUCAAGGAAUUCAUUGCAUUUUUAUUCAUUAACGUAAUCUGCAUUAUUUAUUAUGUCUUCCAGAUUUAUGGGGAGACAUAUUGUUUUUGCCCUGUCCGUCAGCCAGUCAGUCCGUCAGUCCGUUAGUCUGUAUGUCACACUUCGUCUCCGCUCAAUAACUAUAGAAAACUUAGACCCAGGAACUUCAUACUUGGUAUGCUGAUUGGUCAUAACUAGUAGAUGACCCCUAAUGAUUUUGUGAUCAGUAGGUCAAAGGUCAAGGUAAACUUGAGGUGAAAAAACGAUAUGUUGGCAGUGACCUUAAGCUUAAAAAUGGUCUCUGCUCAAUAACUAAAGAAGGCUUAUACCCAGGAACUUCAUACUUGGUUUUCUAGUUAGUCAUGACUAGUAGAUGACUCCUAUUGAUUUUGAGAUCAGUAAGUCAAAGAUCAAGGUCGCCGUGACCUUGAGGAGAGGAAACGGUUACCGCUCAGUAACUGAAGAACGAUUGCACACAGGAACUUCAUACUUGGUAUGCAAGUUGGUCAUGUAUAGUAGAUGAACCCUCUUGAUUUUGUGAUCAAUCCGUCAGUCAGUCCGUCAGUCUGUACGUCACACUUCUUUUCCGCUAAAGAAAUAAAGAACGCUUGCACCCGGGAACUUCAUACUUGGUAUGCAAGUUGGUCAUGACUAGUAGAUGACCCCCAUUGAUUUUGUGAUCAGUUUGUUAAUCAGUCAUCAGUCCGUCAGUCUGUACGUCAAACUUCGUUUCCGCUAAAAAAAUAAAGAACGCUUGCACCCGGGAACUUCAUACUUGGUAUGCUAGUUAUUCAUGACUAGUAGAUGACCCUUCUAGAUCAUAUAUAAAUAUUAAAAAUGUGAACUGCAAAGAAUCUGGUGUAAUUCCAAUACAUUGCAGCUACCAUGACAUCACAUAUGCAGUCGUCAGCUUUUCACAAAACCAUCAGUGAUGAUUGCAUACUCCAGAUCGAAAUAAACAAAAUGGUACUUCUUACAUCCAUCCAUUACAUUAAGUCUUAAUAUUUAUAGGAUCGCUGAUCUUAUGCAGUAGAUGUUCACUAUUAAAUACGGGUAAAUAAACCAAACUUCACUGUUGGUUCGUCUCCAGUCCAAAAUUACAAAUUACAAAUUUCAUGUCCAUCAUUUAUUCUCAGCUGCGACCACACAAUAGGGGAAACUAGCGCUUUUAAAAAAAAAAACAAUCUCUAGUUUAAUUUGCAUAAUCAAAUUGGGAAAAAAUAUAAAAUUUUGGCAAAAAUGAAGAGUUUUUGCAAGGGGAAACAACCUUUCGAAGGCAGUAAAUUGCACCCAAACCUCACUGAUUAUGGUGACAUUGUUUGGUUUUGACGUAUGCGACACAUGUCUUAUACAGAUUCAAGGGGAAGGAUCUUGUGCUUUAUUGUUUUCUUAUUUCAAGCUGCUGCACAUAGUUUGUAAGUUUGAAAAAUCGCAUCACAUGGAGUUUGUUUAAUCUAAUCCAUUCCAUAAAAAGCAAGA